UGAAAUUAUAAAUUGAAAAACCAAAAAGCUAAUUAAAUUCUUAGUGGGAAAACAUAGGGGGAGACUUUGAGAGUUUUGAGGGGAUCAAAGUCAUUCUCUCAAGGCCUACACCAAUCCUCCCCUGAGUUGGAUUCUCCCUUUUCCAACUCUAUAUAUAUAGAUAUAUCUUCCUCCAGUGGUCACUCCUCUUCUCCGACCAGGGAUCCAGCCCAAUGAACCCAACUUGGGAAAAAGAAGGGGGGGGCGAUAUAAUGGAAGAAGAGCAGCAGCUUACCAGAUGGGAAGGCUAUGUGGACUGGAGGAGCAAACCUGCUCUCAGAGGCCGCCACGGCGGGAUGCUCGCAGCCUCCUUUGUUUUGGGGGUGGAGAUAUUGGAGAACCUGGCAUAUUUAGCAAAUGCAAGCAAUUUGGUGCUGUAUCUAUCAAAGUACAUGCACUUCUCCCCCUCCAAAUCGGCCAACAGUGUCACCAAUUUCAUGGGGACGGCUUUCCUUCUGGCUCUCCUUGGAGGCUUCCUAUCUGAUGCCUUUUUCACCACUUAUCAAAUCUACCUGAUAAGUGCAGUCAUUGAAUUCCUGGGGUUGGUUAUACUGACUGUGCAAGCUCGGUCACCUUCCCUGAAGCCACCAGCAUGUGACCCCAGCAACCUCAGCAUUUCUUGCCAGGAAGUUAAUGGUGGAAAAGCUGCAAUGCUGUUCUUAGGGCUCUAUCUGGCGGCCCUGGGCGUUGGAGGGAUAAAGGGAUCACUUCCAGCACAUGGGGCGGAGCAAUUUGAUGAGAGCACACCACAGGGAAGGAAACAGAGAUCAACCUUCUUCAACUACUUUGUCUUCUGUCUCUCAUGCGGGGGGCUUAUUGCAGUAACAUUUGUUGUGUGGAUCGAAGACAAUAAGGGCUGGGAAUGGGGUUUUGGAAUCUCUACCUUGAGCAUUUUCUUAUCCAUCCCUCUUUUCCUAGCCGGCUCACCUAUUUACAGAAACAAAAUACCUUGUGGAAGUCCGCUUACGACCAUCACCAAGGUUUUGGUAGCCGCGAUACUAAACAUCUGCGUGCGGAGAAGCCAUAGUGUUGCUGUUGAUAGCAUGGGGACCAGCCCUGUUUAUCCAACCCCAAACGGAAAGGAAGCUGAGAAGAAGGAUGAGAAAACAAUGGAGUCCGCUCAGAACGCAACAGAAAGCCUAAAAUUCCUGAAUAAAGCGGUGGUAGACAGACCGGUCCACAAAGCACUAGAAUGCACGGUUCAGCAAGUAGAAGACGUCAAAAUUGUGCUAAAAGUGCUCCCCAUAUUUGCUUGCACCUUUAUGCUCAACUGCUGCCUAGCUCAGCUCUCCACAUUUUCUGUCCAACAAGCUGCUUCAAUGGACACCAAGCUCGGCUCCUUGAAAGUCCCACCAGCUUCGCUUCCCAUUUUUCCUGUAACCUUCAUCAUGAUUCUUGCGCCAGUUUAUGACCAUCUCAUCAUCCCAUUUGCCCGGAAAGCAACAAAAUCCGAAAUGGGAAUCACCCAUCUCCAAAGGAUUGGAAUUGGUUUAGUUCUUUCGAUUAUAGCCAUGGCAGUGGCAGCUCUUGUUGAGAUAAAGCGGAAGAGAGUGGCUACCGACUCGGGCUUACUAGACUCGGAGCACCCAUUGCCCAUCACAUUCUUUUGGAUUGCUUUCCAGUACUUGUUUCUCGGGUCAGCGGAUCUUUUCACCUUGGCCGGAUUGUUGGAAUUCUUCUUUACAGAGGCGCCGGCAAGCAUGAGAUCCCUGGCUACAUCUCUAUCCUGGGCAUCUUUGGCCAUGGGGUACUAUCUCAGCUCGGUCAUUGUGUCAAUCGUCAACGAUGUCACCGGUAAUUCCAAUCACCGGCCGUGGCUUUCCGGUAGCAACUUGAAUCAUUUUCGCCUGGAGCGAUUCUACUGGCUGCUGUGCGUGCUCAGCGCAUUGAACUUCUUGCACUACCUUCUAUGGGCGACUCGGUACAAAUACAGAUCGACAAGAGCACAUAAUUAAAACAAGCCACGGCCACUCGAUCGGGCCUAUUAUACAUCAUGGUUAGCUAAAUAUGUCAAGAAAAUCGAGAUUAAUUAAUCACUAGUUCUGUUGUAAUAAUUGGGAUAGUACUGGUUCAUGAAUUAUUCUGCUAGAAAAAGCAAGUUGGUCAUGUUCAA